AUGUUUAUUUACCAUCGCCCGAUGAGCUGUUCUCAGCGCGUCAUCAUACAUAUAAAGCUCUCGCCCCCUCUCCACAUCUGCCCCGCGUCACCUCCAUUCGCUGAAGGCAAGCGAUCCACCGAGACGCAAUUUACCACCACUACGUAUAUAUACGACCUGCUCUUCCGUGCAUGCGUCCGGCUCCCCCCAUCCGUUCCCACGUCUGCCAGCUGCCACCUGACACCGAGCCGACACUCUUCAUUCGUUUAUCGUACGCAUCGCAGGCACAGAGCCAGAACGCUGCCCUUUCGUAUAUCAGAAAAAAACGCUGGCCGACACUAUCACAUUCCGGUGACCGCUAAUUUGCCGUUACAUUUCCACAGCAUUGUUGCUGCAACAUUUCCCAAACUCCAGGAACACCAUCUAACUUCAUCAGGCCAGGAAUUCCAGCUGCAACUAAUUUUUUGGGAUCUGCCUCCGCUCGAAUCUUGCUAUACAUUUAAAAAGUUUUUCGACGCCUACGCAGGCCUACUAGCAGUUCUCCCACCAAUAUAA